AUGAAGAAGUCACCAGCGUCCGCCAAUCCGGCGACGGAUUCCAGCAAACGUUCAGAAGGUAAAGUUUCCAAGCGUUCAUCGUCUAACCAAGCCAAAAGACGCUCGUCUGUCAACCAAACGUCCAAACGGUCGUCUGUUAAUCAGGCGUCCAAAAGAUCAUCCGUAAAUCAAGCGUCCAAACGGUCGUCUGUAAAUGCCGCCAAAAGUUCGACAAUUAACAGUAUCGCUGAGGCGGUGGGCGACGACAGGAGUCAGCUACCAUCUUUCAAUGUAAAUCGAGUUCCAGUGUUUUCUGCCGAUCCUAGGGCAGGAAUCCUUCCGGCACACUUUCCCAAUAAAGAAUGGGGCAACGCCCACAGGAUCCUGAAAGAGAAAGAUGUAGAUGAAUUUUUAACUGUUCAUCCUCAGGUAUUGCUGGAUUUUAUGUACGAUACAGUUAAACUUGACACUUUAGAGGACUUGUUACGUCAGAAGAAAGGUGUCAUUGAAGACGAAGAUAAACUGCGAAGGGCAAAUUGUGACACUGAACAUCAGAAGACCUCUGGUUUAUUCCUCCAGAAAUCGACACGCCACGUCAGUCAGAGUUUGAUCACAGCAAUGAAAAGGGAUGAAUCACAUCAUGGUAUUUUAGAGGAUUUUUGUCAUAUUUUCUGUCAGAUAGUUCACGCAGACUCCUACAAACUGUACAUCCAGGAAGGACUGGUCAAUAAAGUGUAUUGCCUGUUAGAAAACGGACACCUAAAGCCUUAUGUGAUGAAAGGAACGGUGGCUGGUAAAGCCCUGAAAAAGAAAACGACAGUGCUUGUCACAGAUAUGUCCACGGAUCAGAGAUUCAAGCAUAGUACCGAAGGUGGCGAAGAAUAUAGCGAUAACUACAGUGUCCUGUGUGUUCCGUUAGUGUUACCGACAAAAGUGGUCCCCGCAAUAAUAGAGUUGAGAAGAGAGCCCAUUAACCCCCCAUUCAUCGAGGCGGAUAUACAGGUAGCAAAUACCACUGUUGGAUGGAUUGCCGCUUGCAUCAGUGAAAAUAUUGGGAAAAUGUCGCUUAUAUCACAGCAACAUCUGAUCCAUAUCCUGUUGGACAACACGAAGGAACUUCUUGAUGGCAUGACGAAAACAGAAGAACUUGUUCCAAAGAUAAUGCGACACACAAAGGACUUGGUAAAGGCUGACCGAUGUUCUCUGUUCAUGGUGGACGACGAGAGGGAGGAGCUGUAUGCAAAUUAUUUUGAUGAAGGAGCUAAGUCCACUGUUGGGAUUCCGAUAUUUGAGAAAAAGGAGAUUAUUCGCUUUCCGAAAGGUGUUGGUAUUGCAGGUCACGUGGCCGACACAGCAGAAGUGGUUAACAUACAUGAUGCAUAUGAGGACUCCCGGUUUAACAAGGAAGUGGACCUAUUGACCGGAUAUAAAACAAGAAAUAUAUUAUGCAUGCCCAUCAUCAACCGGAACUGCGUCAAGGGUGUUAUACAGAUGGUGAACAGCACGCGAUAUGACCAUUUCACGGAAUCUGAUGAGAAUGCACUGCGCAUGUUCACGGCAUAUUGUGCCAUAGCUAUACACUACAAUAACUUCUACAACUCUCUAGAGCGAGAGAGGGUGAAGAACAAGGCUUGUAUCGAAGUUAUACAGUAUCAUACGGUAUGUCACAAAUCCUCCUACAUGGGCGUGCUUAACGAUCCGCACAUCAGCAAACACGACAUACCCAAGUCUUUCUAUACCUUUGAUUUCUACGCGCCAAGAUACUUGGAUUUACUCCCCAAGUUAUUUAUACGUCUGAUGCAUGAGAUUUGUGGAAAAGAAAGGAUCGAAACAGAAAAACUGGUGAGAUUCAUCUUGACAGUAAGAAAGAAUUACCGGGAUGUGCCUUAUCAUAACUUUCCUCACGGAUUUCAUGUAGCGCAUUGUCUGUGCAGGAUAGUGUCGUCCGCGCCAGACGCUUUCACAGAGUUUGAAAAGAUGGGCCUAGCUGUCGCCGGAAUCUGUCACGACAUUGAUCAUCGCGGCUACAGCAAUGAAUUCUUUAAGAAGCUGCAGCUGCCACUGGCGAAUUUGUACUCUACGUCUGUAAUGGAGCAGCACCAUUACCGCCAGACAGUAACCAUCCUACAGACAGAGAACAUCUUCUCUUUCCUGUCGGCUCCCAAGUACAAAGAGAUGCUUGGUCUAAUUCGGCAGUGUAUCAUAGCAACGGACCUCGCGCUUUACUUCGGGAACCAGAAGGCCUUGCAAAAAAUCCUGGAUGAAGGCCGGUUUGACAUGAAUGAUGAAGAAUGCCGAAAUCGUGCCUUCAAUUUGAUGAUGACCGCAAGCGACUUAUGCGGUGUUUCGAAACCCUGGAAAACUAACAAGUCGUCGACAAAUCAGUUGUACGAGGAGUUUUAUGAUCAAGGCGAUGAAGAGAGGAAGAGAGGUUUCGUUCCUAUAUCAAUGAUGGAUAGGUCACAUUCAGACGACAUUCCAAAACAACAGGUCGGAUUUAUUGAUUUUCUGUGCAUUCCUCUCUACCAAACAUUGGUGAGUAUAUUUCCGGGCACCAAAAAUCUCCUUUCUGGCUGUCUUAGAAACCGACGGAAAUGGAUGAAGAUAGCGGGAUAUAAAGAUGAUUCCAAAAUGAAUCAGCUCAUGGCACCAGGUAGCGAAGAGGAAAAUGACGAUGAUAACGAUCACGAAGAAGAAUUGUGGAUAAACGUCUUUAAUGUGAAAAGGUCUUCCCAUGACCAGUCGGAAGCCGAGAGCAAUAAGUAG